AUGACCCGUCUGCCACAGAAUAUGGUUGACUCAAGCAGUGACAGUGUCGUUACUUUCGCGCUUUACAGGUACACGCCUUCAAUUCCCGCUGCUGUGGUUAUGGCUGUGGCAUUCGGGUUCCUUGGAGUUUUCCACGCCUAUCGACUCAUCCGAGAGAAGACCUACUUCUUUAUCCCGUUCAUCAUCGGCCUUAUCUUCGAAGCAGCAGGCUACAUCGCACGCAUAUUCUCACACUUCGACACCCUAGCGCUCGGCCCCUACAUCGUCCAAACAAUGCUCAUCCUAGUCGCGCCUCCGUUAUUCGCUGCAUCUAUCUAUAUGACUCUGGGACGACUCAUCCGGGAGAUAGGUGCGGAGACGGCAUCGCUUGUUCACAUUAAGUGGUUAACUAAGAUCUUUGUUGCUGGGGAUGUCAUCUCGUUUGUGUUGCAGUGUGGUGGAGGUGGAUACAUGGCCUCUGGCUCGGCAGAAGCUAUGCAAAGCGGCGAGCACAUCGUCAUCGCCGGUCUCGCCAUUCAGCUCCUCUUUUUCGGGUUUUUCAUAUUCGUUGCAUUUAUUUUCCACUGGCGAGUAACCAAGCUCGCAUCGACAUACAAGAUAUCGAAAUCCGUGAGGUCUCAAAGCGGCCGAUUCUCCUGGGACUUGCUUAUGUGGGCGCUUUAUAUUGCUUGUGUGUUGAUUCUGGUGCGGUCUGUUUUCCGGGUCAUCGAGUUUGUUCAAGGGAAUGAUGGGUUUAUUAUGAGCCAUGAGUUCCUGUUAUAUAUUUUUGAUGGAGCGUUGAUGGCUCUGAUGGGUGCUUUGUUGGGGAUUAUAUUCCCUGGUUCUUUUUUGUCAGGUCGAGGAGGGAAUCAGUGCGAGCGAGCUGUGUCUGAGUCUGCUGCGUCGGAUACGUUGCCGUUGGAGGAGGGUCGGUAUUCGUGGAAAUAGUCUUUUCACUUCGUGCUAUGUCUUUGUCGGGUUCUCUUCUUCUCUUCAGCUGUUCUUAGCCAUUUUAUGGGGCAUUCGAAAUAACCCCAGUUAUCAUUAGAGAUAUUAGCACUUUCUCAUAACCAUAGCAGAUGACAAAGGAUAUCAGAAGACAUCUAAAAAGAGGAAAUGGUCACAUCGAAACCCAGCAUUCAUCAUCGUUGUCGACCAUCAACAACUGACCCCCCCUCAAGUUCAUACACAGCCUGCCCAUGCCCAUCCAACUCCCUCCUCUCAUUCCCAUCCAGCUCCGCCACCUCCCUAGCCUCAA